CAAACAACGCCUAGCAAGAUCAACUCAUUAAUCUGCUGCAGCACCAUGGCCUUUAAGAUAUUCGCAGUAUGUGCCUUGCUGGCCUGUGUGGUCGUCCGAGCCGCUCCUUUUCAUGGUGGAGCCACAAGUCACGCCUCAGUGCACCUGGUGUCUCACGACGACCACCAUGAGGGAGCAGGCCACCACCAUCACGAACAUCAUGACGAUCACCAUGACUCCCAUGCCGAAUACAACUUCAACUAUGGUGUCAAGGAUCACAAGACAGGCGAUGUCAAAGAGCACAGCGAACAUCGUGAUGGCCACAAGGUGACUGGACACUAUGAGUUGAUCGAUGCCGAUGGUCACAAGCGUACUGUCCACUACACUGCUGACAAGCACAAGGGCUUUGAGGCCCAAGUCCACCGCGAGAAGCUGCAUCAUUUCGUGCCCGCACACCAGGCACAUGGUCACAGCGGAUAUAAGGGCGGCAAGGUUGACUUCGAGGAGCAUUCCGAUUCCGGCAGUUCUGGCUACUCCGGCCAUGGUCAUGAGGAUUACCACUCUCACGGCCAUGAAGGUGGUCACCAUGGUUCUAGCUCUCACAGCUUUACAUUGAGUCAAGAGCACGGAACCGGACACGAUGCUGGACAUGAUGCUGGACACUAUGCUGGGCACGAUGCAGGCUAUGAACAUUCAUACGGUGGACAUGAGCACAGCUAUCAUUAA